UUUCUAGCUUUCCAAAUUUCCCAUAACAACCAAAGGAAAACAUUCCUUGUAUGAAUAUCCGUUGUUGAUUUUUUGACAAUCAUGAUAAGAUGCACAAAAAUUAAAAAUGUUAGAAUUCCGAGAAAAAUCUUUUGGAGAUCUAAUAAAGAAAAGUAUAUGUUAUUUUUCAAAGAGAAAAAUCUAUUAAGAAAAAAACGCAAGGUUCAUCGUUGGUUUAAUCGCUGGCUGCCAACUCGAUCAUCUUCUACCCAACGCCACUAUUAUUCAUCGAUCGCUACCUUCUUAAUCUUUUCAUUCUCUGGCUCCGAUCUCUAGCCUCCGCCUCAGAUCUGAAACCGAGGCACUGUAAAAUUUAGGUUUCAGGAAGAUGGCGGCGAAGACAGCCAGAUCAAAAACCACACCGACGAAGGAAAACGGCGUCAGAGUCGAGGAAGGCCUGAGUCUGUUCAAGUCUGAUAAGUUCGACGCUGACGCUUAUGUGCAAUCCAAAUGUUCAAUCAACGAGAAGGAUAUAAAACAGUUAUGUUCUUAUCUAUUGGAUUUGAAGAAAGCUUCUGCAGAAGAAAUGCGGCGGAGUGUCUAUGCUAAUUAUCCCGCCUUUAUACGCACAUCAAAAGAGAUAUCAGACUUGGAAGGGGAGCUAUCAUCUAUUAGAAAUCUUCUGUCCACUCAGGCCACUCUAAUUCAUGGCUUAGCAAAUGGAGUUAACAUUGACGAUGAAAAAGUAUCUGAUGGAUCUCCCGCAAAUGGUGUCUUGAAUUUUGAAGACAACGACCUUUCUGAUCUGGAGAAAUGGGCUGCAGAAUAUCCUGACCAGCUUGAUGCCUUAUUAGCUGAAAGAAGGGUAGAUGAAGCUCUGGCAGCUUUUGAUGAGGGGGAGAUUUUUAUAUCCCAAGGAAACGAGAAUCAGACUUUAAGCUCUUCUGUACUUUCAUCUCUUCAGUUUGCUAUUGCCGAGCGCAAGCAAAAACUAGCUGACCAACUUGCCAAAGCUGCAUGUCAACCUUCAACUCGAGGUGGGGAACUUCGGUCAGCAAUAACAGCUCUCAAAAGGCUUGGCGAUGGACCUCGAGCCCAUACUGUGCUGCUUGAUGCCCAUUUCCAGAGAUAUCAAUACAACAUGCAAAGUCUUCGUCCAUCUAGCACCUCAUAUGGAGGAGCGUACACUGCUGCACUUUCUCAGCUCGUUUUCUCAGCUAUCUCUCAAGCUUCUAGUGACUCAUUGGGAAUCUUUGGGAAGGAGCCAGCAUAUAGUUCUGAGCUUGUUACUUGGGCUACUAAACAAACAGAGGCCUUUUCCCUUCUUGUUAAAAGGCAUGCAUUAGCAUCUUCUGCAGCAGCAGGAGGACUAAGAGCCGCGGCAGAAUGUGCACAGAUAGCUCUGGGGCAUUGUUCGUUGUUGGAAGUUCGUGGUUUGACCCUCUGCCCAGUGCUUUUGAAGCACUUUAAGCCUAUUGUGGAACAGGCAUUGGAGGCCAAUCUUAAAAGAAUUGAAGAAAACACUGCAGCUAUGGCCGCUGCAGAUGAUUGGGUGCUGACGAAUCCUCCUGCUGGUAGUCGUCAUGCAAGCACAGCAUUUCAGAAUAGGCUUACAUCCAGUGCCCACCGCUUUAAUCUGAUGGUCCAGGACUUCUUUGAGGACGUAGGACCGCUUCUAUGUAUGCAGCUGGGAAGUAAAGCGCUGGAAGGUCUGUUUCGAGUGUUCAGCUCAUAUGUAGAUGUGCUGGUAAGAGCACUUCCUGGUUCCAUGGAAGAAGAAGAAGCAAAUUUCGAAGGUUUUGGUAAUAAGAUUGUCCAAAUGGCUGAGACCGAGGCACAACAACUUGCAUUACUUGCAAACGCAUCAUUGCUAGCUGAUGAAUUACUCCCACGUGCUGCCAUGAAACUCGCUCCUCUUGAUCAGACAAGUCACAGGGCAGACGACCCAAGGAGACCUUCAGACAGACAAAAUCGUAAUCCUGAACAGCGAGAAUGGAAGCGGCGUUUACUUAGUACUGUUGACAAGUUAAAAGAUUCAUUUUGUCGCCAGCAUGCCUUGGAUCUCAUUUUUACCGAGGAAGGAGAUAGCCAUUUGUCCGCAGAUAUUUACAUAAACAUGGAUGGGAAUGGCGAUGAUGUGGACUGGUUCCCAUCUCUGAUAUUCCAGGAACUUUAUGCGAAACUUAACAGGAUGGCAAGUCUAGCGGCAGAUAUGUUUGAAGGAAGAGAAAGAUUUGCCACUUCUUUGUUGAUGCGAUUAACAGAGACAGUGAUCUUAUGGCUUUCCGGAGACCAGAGCUUCUGGGAUGACAUUGAGGAAGGUCCUAGACCUUUGGGACCUCUUGGCCUCCGGCAGUUGUAUUUGGACAUGAAGUUUGUCAUAUGCUUUGCAUCCCAAGGUCGCUACCUAUCGAGGAAUUUGCACAGGGGAACUAAUGAGAUAAUAAAUAAAGCCUUAGCAGCUUUCACUGCAACAGGACUAGAUCCAUAUAGUGAGCUGCCCGAAGACGACUGGUUCAACGAGAUAUGUCUGGAUGGAAUGGAAAGAUUGAGUGGUAAAGCAAAAGGCAACAAUGGGGAAGUCCACAGUCCGACUGCCUCAGUGUCGGCUCAGUCUGUUUCGUCAGCGAGAUCUCAUGGAAGUUACUAAACCGAUCGCAUCUUUCAUGUUUAAAGAAGGUAAGUGGUAUUAACCGAUUGCAAAUUAUACGAUGAGAUGAUUGUGGGGUUUGUAAUUGUGGCUGUGUUGAUUAUGUUCUCUCAGUUCUCUCUUUAUCUGCCUCCUUUGGGUUAAGAUAAGAAGUAAAGAAUAUUGAUCUUUAGUCACUACACACUUUCUUUUGGUAUGUAGUGAAGUGCUCUGUUGGAGAUUUCUUAAGCUUCUCUUUACCAAUCCAAUGCUCUUAAUUGGAAAAAAAAAAAAAAAAAAUCUCGUAUACUCUUUCCUAAAUUUUAUUUUAAUUAUCAUAAAUGAUAAACGACUACAUAACCAAGUGAAACUUAAAAGACCUCGGAUAUGGCGUGGAUCCACUUUCUAAAGGAGACCCGACCAACUAUCUAAACUGCUUGGAAAUCUCAAAACUUUUGGUAACUUUUGGUGUUACUUUAAAACGUUGUAUAACUUAGUAAAAAUUUCAGCUAAUUUAUAUUGUAUCUUUUACAGUACCAUUUAUUAAUCCAGAAAGAGAAGUCACUUUAUUGAUUUCUGCUUACGUGACACUCAUAGAAAACACUCUUUGAUUAAUUCUAUUGGUUCAUUUUUGCUAAUUUCUUUUUGAUUUAUUUUAAAAUCGGC